UUGUCGUCCCCCUGCUUUUCUCGAUCUCGGAUUCAGAGGAUUUCUUAGAAAGUAACGCGAGAGGGCUGCUAAGCACGAGGCUUCAGGUUAAUUAAAUGCACGUGCGAGAGGGCAUGGAACGCUGAAAGCAGACGCGAAGAUUCGGUAAAGAAAGCAUGUCGACUAUUGCACCGGAAGAACAGACGACACGAGGCAGCAGCGAAGAGGCUCCCUCCGACGUAGCCACGCACCCCGCUCCUUCUCUCCCGCCACGCUCUCCUCUCCGACCAGCUCCCCGUCCACGUACCGACUCGCUGGCACCGUCUCGAGCGUCAGCGGCGGAUAGUCUACCCGACAUUCUCAACUCUGACGCGAUACUGAUGCAUCUAACCCGGCAUCGCAGCCUGGGCUCCCUUUCAGGCCUCUUGGACUCGCUCACGCACUCGGACACGUCUACGCUCUCGGUGGAGAAUGCGGACAUGGAGGCCUUCAAGGAUGCCCCGGGCAAGCCGCUACCGCCAGAGCCCUUAUCGCCGCUAUCCCUGUCCCCCAUCGAUACCCUAGAGUCGACUUCCACGGAUUCCAGUUCGUUGCUACCGCCAACUAUUACCGCCCAGACUACUGCUUCUGUCUCGAAACGCACUCAUGCACUAUUGGAGCUGCUAUCUUCCGAAAGGGCUUACGCGUCCGACUUGGCGCUGAUACGAGCGGUGCACAUACCGCUGGCGUUAGGUCAAUCCGCCGAGCUCCAUACUCCCGUCACCGAACAGACUGCCUCCUCGUCAAGCUCGUCUCGAAGCUUCUCCAUGUCCUCGACAACGUCCAACACUUCAGUGUCCGUGCCGCCCAACUCGAAGCCGCCAAUGACUCGUGACGACGUCAAGACGAUCUUUGGCAACAUUGUCGAGUUGGCCGAAUUCUCCGAUGCCUUCUGCGAGAGGCUCGAGGUGGCACUGGGAGAGGUGCUCGAAGGCGGCGAAGGAGAGGAUCGUGUCGGGAAGCUAUUCCUUGAUAUCAUACCGUUGCUCGAGCCGCCUUACAAGACGUACAUCACUCGUCACCCGUCUUCGCUCUCGCACUAUACCGCCCUCACCACACCAUCUCCCACCCCCGCGCUCCAAGCCUACCUAAAAACCAUCCAGACCCUCACCUCCAGCCUCACGCACGCGUGGGACAUCCCCUCCCUCCUCAUCAAGCCCGUCCAGCGCCUCCUCAAGUACCCGCUCCUCCUGCAGUCGAUAUACGAAGAGACGCCCGAGGGCCAUGGCGACAAGGAGAACCUCAAGAAGGCGAAGGAGAAGAUGGAGGAGGUCGCGCGCGGCGUGAACGAGGGCCGCCGGCGGUGGGAGGUCGUGCGCGAGGUCCUGAACGCCGGGAAGAAGGAGGGGCUAGGCGAGGCGAAUGGGAAGCGCGAGAAGAAGCGGAGCGGCAGUGUACCGAUCGGCGUCGCUGCGAGCGUCAAGCUGGGCCGGAUGAAGAGUCUCACGCGCAAAGUCUCGUACGGAAAGGGCUCCAUCCAAACCGCCGCGUCUGUGAACGCGAACGAUACGGCGCACGAGGAAGCCGAGGCGGUCGCGGCGUACGAGAGCGACUUGCAGGCGCUGGACGAGUUCAUCGAAGACUUUGCAAAGGCCGCGAAGCAGUGGGCGACGUCGACGAAAGAGUACCACACCCAGCUGCUCUCGUGGUCGCUCAGCUUCGGGCGCGUCAUCGGCGUCAUUGGCGAGAACGGUGAAGGAGGGCGGAGCGAGGCGUUCGACGCGUUUCUCGGUGUACCCCGGAAGCACAUCGUGCCCCUGUGCGAGCAGCUCGAGCACGCCAUCGAGACAAAGCUAUUCGCCGACCUCGCGAGGCUCAAGGAGACCAUGAAGGCGCCAAAGCGACUCCUCGAGGCGAUGCAUACCUUAGAACCUCUACAUCACACCCUCUUGCAUCACACCUUCGGGUCAUCGGGUUCGCGACCGCCGCCAGCGCUGCUCGAGGCGAGCCAGUCUUACAUCGCGCUUCGCGGCCAACUCGCCGCCGAGCUGCCGACCUAUCUCGAGCUGAUGGAGAAAGGCACGCGGGGCUGCGUCGGGAUCUUCGUCGCCUGGCAGGAGCGCUUCUGGGAAGACGUCAAAAAUAGCUGGGCGGAGCUCUGGGAUGCGCUCAAGGAAGAAGGCGAAGAGUUGAACGAAGGCGCACAAGGCGGCGCCGAGAUCACGAUGGCGAACUGGUGGGACCGGUGGCACCUCAUCGACGAGGCCCUCGAGCGGCUCACGAUCACGAAGCGCCUCCCGCGUAGUGCAAGGGACAGCGUCGGUAGCAAGGAGAAGGAAAAGAGCAGCAAGUCGACUGUCAAGGACAAACUCUCUGCCUUGCAGCCUACGCAUGCGCCGUCAUCGAGCGUGCCGUCUACCCCCACAACUCCAACGUCCCUGCUGGACUACUCCGAGGCUGAGGCAAGACAACGAGAUCCUGCCGCGGAGAGCUUGGAGAGAUCGUAUCUCUACGCGUAUACUAUGGGCCUGAGCACGGCGGUGCCCCAGAAAUCACCGACGUCUGGGUCUUUCGGUACUCCGCCAAGGAAGUCUAAGGCGUCCAGCGGACCGAGAGAGAGCUCCGACAGCGGCUUAGGGAGGAGCCUCGGAAAACGUCCGAGCACCGAGAGUCUCAAGUCCGGCAAAUCCGCCAAGAGUGCCGUCUCGGGAUCUGGAAAAUCGAGGAGAUCGGACGCGUCCACUGGACCCCUUCCUACUUUCGUAGAUGAAAUCGGCGAAAUUGUUUCCUCGCUAGGCCCCGGUUUCGGUUCCAGAAGCAAGAAAGUCCCCAUCCCCAAGAAGAACAAUCAGACUGAUCAUACGGAUACAGGACUUCCGCCUGGGUACGAGGCCGAAGAGCUCGAUCUCUCUAAUUCACGCCUGGGUCGGGCUUCGCGGCGUCCCAGCUUCCGACGCAAAUGGUCUGAUACCGUCAAGCCGCCCUCCUCGUCUCGCCGGUCGCCUUCUCCUUCUGCUUCGCUGUCUCAGACGCCGCCGAUGCCUGCACCGAUGGCCUCUAGGAGUGCGUCCUUCCCCAUGGUCAAGGAACGAGAUCUGACGCCUAGUCGUAACCCUUCACCAUCGAAAAAGACGAACGCCCGGACUCCUCAAGGACCGCAAAAGAUAACCUCGCACGCAAAGGCCUUGUACGCGUGUCAGGUCGUACAUCGUUGCGAGCCCCCUCCGAACGUUUCGUACCAUUCUCUGCCCUUUUUCACUCUUCGCCCUGGGAUCACUCUCGAUGUUCUGCAUGAAUCUGGGCACCCCUCGAAUCACCCUGACUUACCAUUAUACGUCGAUGAUGGAGAAGACUGCCUGUUGCUUGUUAGAGACCGAGAAACGCACCAGCUUGGUUGGGCCUUGGCGAGUUUUUUGACUCCCGUGAGGUAGAUGCUCGCUCAUAUCAUCUUGUCGGACGGAUGGACAUUUUGACGUCGAACAUAUAUUUAUCUACUUCGUUCUUGAAUACUUUUGCUUUCUUGUUUCAGGGACUAAUGGUUUGUUUCGUCUUUCACCCAUGUAUAGAUCAUACCAUUGUAAUUGUACGUGAAGUGCUUGUAUCAUCGUGGUUGUGGAUCAUAAUUCGACUACCCCGUAUUCUACGUAGGGUGGCCGCUGCUACGUGAGGCCAGAAUAUGACAGCGAUCAUAGACCUGACCUACGGUUGGAUACAUAGCGAUCGCAAAGUUCGUCCCUCUCGAAGAGUUCUUUGAUGAAAGUAAUCUGUCGGAAUGAGCUCGCAAUGGCCACUCGACGAUUGGCAG